AAACUCAGCGGAGUCACUGGGAAUGGUUGCAGCUUUGGGAAAUUAACUCUGAGAAACCUAAGGCAAACGCGGCAACACGAGCACUUUGCCCCUUAGUUCAGCCAGUCUGGUACUUGGCCAGGGGCUGAGCUUUAAUUCUCUGGUUCAGUUAUUUGCUUCCAGUCGCCCUGUCCUGAGAUGGUGCUGAAACGGGCUGACUGGAACCUGUGGAUUGCCUGUCUUUGCAUAGUUUGCUUCCAAGGUUGGGUGGAGUUGUUAGAAGUUACUGUGGGUAGUACGAGUGUAAAGGUUGCCAGAGGUCAAACAGCAGUACUACCAUGUACCUUCAAAACGAGUGCGGCGUUGAAUCAACUGAACGUCAUCUGGACUGUGACACCUCGCUCCAAUGCCAAUCAGCCAGAACAGGUAAUUUUGUACCAGGGAGGCCAGGUAAUCAGCGGGGCCAGCCACUUUAAUUCCCGUGUGGGAUUUGUCAUCACCAUGCCCAGCCUGAGUGCCUCCAUCUUCAUUAAUAACAGUCAACUGUCAGACACUGGGACGUACCAGUGUUUGGUGAACAAUCCGCCUGACAGAGGAGAAAGGAACAUAGGUGUCCUUGGACUGUCUGUUCUAGUUCCUCCUGCUAUCCCAUUGUGCAGACUUCAAGGAGUUGUUGCUGCUGGAAAUGAUGUCACUCUGACUUGUAGUUCUGAAGAAGGUCUCCCCCUCCCAACGUAUUCCUGGGAAAAGCUUGAUUCAUUUGCUAAGCUGCCACCAAUGUCAGUACAGGAUAAGACGCAGGGGACACUGAUUCUCCGGAAUAUCAGCACUGCCACGAAUGGUUUGUACCAGUGUACAGUUACUAAUGUAAUGGGAUCCCACAACUGUGCCAUUGAUCUCCAGGUUAUUGCACCACAAUUCCAGAAUGUUGGAAUCAUAGCUGGAGCUGUGGCCACUGGAAUCUUGGUGCUUCUGCUCGGCAUCAUUUUUGUUAUUGUCAUUCUGUUCUACCGGAGAAGCAAAAACAAGUAUGAAGAGGAAGAAAUUCCUAAUGAGAUACGGGAAGAUGACAUCCCACCAUCAUCAUCCAUCAAAGGCUUCCAUCCAGACGGUUCCUCUGAAAAUGAUACCCUUGCAUCAGCAAACACAUACAGUGCCCACUACUGGCAAAGAAAAAAUCCCACCUAUGAAUCAAACAUGUUCAAUCGAUAUAAUGGUCACAUGCGCCACUCGAUUACUAUGUCGUCCAAUCAAGCACAGAGUCGUCCACUGUAUACGAAUGGAAGCCACCACACCACACCAAAGGCAGUGGUCAUUACCACAAGUUCAUCUCCAUCUUCACAAAACUUAGCAAGGUGCAAUGGUUCACUUGGUCAUAAAACACCUCCACAGCACCCACUCUCCUUUACUGUGAGUCAUGCAAAUCUUCAGCGAAUGGGUGGCAUACCAGUCAUGGUUCCUGCACAGAAUAGGGCAGGAUCACUGGUCUAGAUAACAUUUUACUGAUAGGAGACAUUGCUUGUGACCUAAGCCUCAAUUGUAGACUGAUCUUUUUCAUGUAUAAAGUAUAACAUGCCCUUUCUCACCAGGUAUCGGAUCAGCAAGAUAUUUCUCUAAAAGCAAAGCCAUUUCAUGCCUGAGUUUGACUUAUAUGCAACUGUGCUUUGUCUUAAAUUAAUACAUUUAUGAAGUCUUACUUUGGAAAAAGUCAUAGAUUGACAUUGACACAUCAUCAUAAGGUUCAAGGAAAAAAAAAAUUGGAGUACAGAUUUUCCAAAAGGAACAAAAUACUUGUUUGAAAUUGAAGAUGAACAAUCCACAUUUGUGAUUGGACUGCAUCAUCUUAGCAAUUUGUGAAAGACUGAAUCAGUGUUUGAAAAAUGGUUACUUUCCUCUGAGAAAUGGGGAUACCUGGAGGAACUUUACCAAGAAUAUCUCAAAGCGUGAAUGCCUCACAUCAUUUAACCUUCAGAAGCCUGUAAAUACACCAGGGAACAUAAGACAUGUUUGAACAAAGAGUAAUAUUUGAAUUUAAUAGACUGGUUCUGGAAAAUUAACAACUCGUUUCCAGAAAUUCAGUCAACUAUUUUAAGUGCACUAAAAUGGCCAGCAUAUUGUAGAAAAUAAUAACUUCAUCCACAGGAUAUGAUUUUGGAACAAUAUAGGUUUCUUUGAAGAAAAAGUUUUGAGGUUUUUUUCCUCCUUCAAUAUGCAUGUGCUAGAUUUCACAAUGUAUUGCUUUUGCUGAAGUGAUCAUGCUACAAUGAUUCUACAAGAAUAACAGUGGCGACCCUGGACAUGAGAAGACUAGACUGCUGAGGUGAUACGAGGAAGAAAAUACUUGAAAAUGGAAUGAAAACACUGAAUGAUACCUUUAAUUGAUAACACACCUGGAUUGAAAAUGCAAAUGUCUUAAUUGUUCUGUGGAAUAAUAAACCAGUGUUUUACGCUUGUUUUGUUUAAUGGCAACAUUGAAGAUGGUUGUUGUAGUAAAAGUAAAUAUAGAAUGACUGAAGUUGAUUCUUUGGCAUUUUGUUAGAGUAUUGGACAAACACUUACUGAAGAAAUAUUCCUUUGGUCCCUGUCACUAUUAAGAGAUUAGGUUGGAAUGCUUACUUAUGUUUACAUUUUUUUUAUUGGUGAUUAUGACCAUUGUGGGUCAGGUAGAACUGCAGCAUGGUACAAAUUCCAGAUUUUCCCAUUGCUUUGAUAUUUGCAGAGUUGUGGUCAGUCAGUAGGGGAGCUUCAUUUUUGUCCUUGGGAAGAGAGAUCGAGGGCUGGUGUUAGAUCCAGUUUUAACUUUUCCAGCACUUUCUUUGCAUCUUUGUACUGAACUGGGAAUGAGGACUGACUGCAACUAAGUAAUCAGCUCUGUCUCAGUUGUCAUUGAUAUGAAGUGUUUGACUACCAUAAAGAUAUUUGGCAAUGAUUAAAGUACUGUGUCUUCAUGUGUUUUGUAAAUACUGCAGGUUGUUGAUGAAAUGGUGCCAAAAGACCUUCUCCAGAAGUUACCAAACACCAGCUUGUAAACAAGUCAGAAGACCUAGGAUUUACAUUCAUUUUUAAGAUUGCAAGUCAGUUCUCAUUGAAUAACCCAAGGAGAUUAGAUUAAAAGCAAACCCAGGGUCAUUGGGAUAAGACUGCUGGUCAGUGAAAAUUAAUUACAGGCAGAAAACACCACUAAUUUUCAGCUGUUUGCACUUGAAUUUCAUUUAUUUGAUUAAUCCUUUUAAAAAUCCAGAGUCAGCAACUUUUGGUCUUUUUGGUUCUUGUGCACUUGUCUAACUCUGUCAUUUACAAUAAAAAGUUAAAUUAGUGUGGCAACAUGUUGGUAUUUUUGAAUUUUUCACUUUCCAUUAAAUGAAGUUAAGUGUUGCCUGUUUAUCAGAUUUGAAAUCAGCUGUGGAGAAAAGAAAACAGUUUUGAAGAAAAAUGACAAAAGGAGCAGUAAUUUUAACUCGACACUGAAGGAUGUGGAGGAUUAGAGGUCACUUGGAAAAGCACAGUUAGCCUGCGGAUAGUUCAUUGAAAUAAUUACUUGGCCCAUUUUUAAUCGGCCAUUUCUGAAUCUUUUAUGUACUUGCGUUUAUUGGCCAACAGUGGAAUGCUGACAGCCGCAUUGAGCUGAAGAACAUGCAAUGUAUAGAUUAAACUAAUGUGUCCCUCAUUAGACCUUUUAGAAUAGCCAAUUCGUGCUGAUUGAUUGGCUAUUCCACACCGGAGGUAUUUUGCUCUCUAUUUCUUCAUAAAUAUUCUUUAUAACGCUCUCAAGUCAGAAAUAAGUUCUAUGGCCAUAUUGCAGAGGUACUUUAAAAUGCUUUAUACUCCAAAUGUUGUGCAGAUUGCUGCAUUUACAUCAGUGAAAAACUAGAAGUUUUAAUGUUGCUC